AUGACCAGCACACGACACCUUCAGUACUUGUCCCUGUUGGCCUGCCGCAAGAGUACGCGCAUCAUGGCUUCCUUCGUGAUUGCCGGCAAGGCAGGCGAUGAAAAAAACAGUCUGCAGAAGCUAAAGGCUGAUGACCCUUCCUUCGCACGCGCCGAGUAUGCUGCUGGACAGGUGCAGGCGCUCGUGCCGAAUAUCUACGUCAAGCUGGAGAUGAAACAUCCAGACCACUGGAAGAGCUUCAUCAACAGCGUCUGCAGAACGUACGACUUCUGCAGCUAUGCCGAGGAUUUUGGUGGGCCUCUAGUGUGGACCCUCGAGGGCGAGCUCAUCGGGGGUGGGGCCGACUUCGUGCAGAAGAUAUGCCUUGAAAAGUUUGGCAUCCCGGAGCCGCCGGCUGUGACCGACCCGGUCUUCAAGGAGAUUGCAGCCGAAAACCUUAAGAAGGUGAAACUCCAACUCCAGCGAGAACAGUUUGGGCCGCCCUUGCCCGAGCGCGUCACGGCAGCGCACCUUAUUGCCAAGGAGCUGGAACUCUGCCAGCCGCAGCAGCUGGUAGAACAGAAGAAGGUCGUUAGCUCGGGGGCUGCACUGGAGGUGUGGCUGAACCCGACGCUCUUGCUGCAUGCUGAAAACUGUGAAGACUUCGCCUCAGAAGUGCAUCUGCUUGGUAGAUGA